AUGAACAUCAACUUUAAUACCCCUAUUGAGAAGAUGUACUUGCUUAAAACAACUCUCUCAUUCCCCAAGAAUGGUUAUCCUGACAAGCAGAGUGUUCUUCAAGCCAUAAAUGAUUACGCCCUUUCUAAUAACUUCACCGUUAAGAUUAAAGAUGGAAAAUUUCCUAUUCUUCACACUGCUUGUUCAAAGGCUGGUGUUUAUUGUGACAAGCGCAAUAUAAGUGAUGAGAAAAGAAAGAAGAUGCCCAACUCUUCUCUUACUGGAUGCCCCUAUCUCUUAAGAUUUUCUUAUAAGAAGAAGAGCAAAAGAUAUCUUCCUUUGCAUGCCUAUGGGGAAAACGAACAUUGCCGCAACCACCCUGUCACCCCUGAGAAUUUGGCUUCUUCUCACCAAGGAAGAAUGUCUCUUUUGACUGCUGAAGAUGCUACUAUUGCAAAGACAAUGUUGGAGAAUCACGCCAAGUCCCGUGAUGUUCAGAAGGCAACAAGUGACAAGGUGACAGGAAUGAGAAAGCUGAGGAUCAGCAAUAUCAACAAUCUCAAGUACAGUGCUACUUGUGGUGAUGAUGAGUCUGCCCAUGGCGCUACUGAGCUCAUCAGAACAAUGGAAGCAAAGGGAUUUUCCGUUCUCUACGAGUUUAAUGAGAGAAAUAGACUCACUCAUAUAUUUUUUAUGAACAAUAUAAUGAUCAAGAGAGCUUGA